AUGUCACAAGUUCCUAUGAUACAGUUCAAUGAGAAGAUUGCAUACUAUCUUCCCCAUCAUGCAGUGCGGAAAGAAGAUAGCACAACCACUAAGGUUCGAGUCGUAUUUGAUGGUUCCGCGAAAACAACUUCGGGUUUGUCCAUCAAUGAUGUACAAUAUGUGGGGCCUGUCGUGCAAGAUGAUCUAUUCUCAAUCUUGUUGAGAUUUCGUAAGCACAAAUUCGUAAUAUCAGCCGAUAUUAAACAAAUGUACAGACAGGUACUAGUUCGAUCAGAUCAACGUAACUAUCAGCAAAUUCUUUGGAGAAAGGACGAUUCAACAGAAGUCCAAGAAUACCAGCUAAAUACGAUCACAUAUGGAAUGGCAUCCGCUCCGUUUCUGGCAACUAGAUGCCUACAACAAAUAGCCCAAGAGCAUGCAAAGGAUUAUCCAAUAGCUAGUAGAAUAAUUGCGCGAGAUUUCUACAUGGAUGAUCUGCUGUCAGGAGCCGAGUCUAUACAAGAAGCACAAGAACUUAAACAAGUUUUGUCCGAAUUACUGAUUGACUAUGGAUUCGAGCUGAGAAAAUGGGCAAGCAAUAAUAAACAUAUCGUGCAAUCGAAGCCAGAAGAAUCUUUUUCGAUUUUUCUUCAUGAAGGGAAGAUUCCUAAGACCCUUGGGUUAUCGUGGAACUCAGAGAAGGACAUAUUGAAUUUCUCAUUAAAUACUUCUAGACCAGAUCGUAUCACGAAACGAACGAUUCUGUCAAUCAUUGCAUGCAUCUUUGAUCCUCUGGGAUUAAUUGUUCCUAUUGUCGUCACGGCAAAAUUGAUAUUGCAGCAAUUGUGGCAACUCCAGUUGGACUGGGACGAAGCCUUACCUCAAGAUAUGUACACGACUUGGGAUCGUUUUCAUCGACAAUUGGAAUUGUUACAUCAGAUCAAGGUACCUAGAAGAGUCUAUCGGAAGGCAACAGAUAUGAUACAACUUCACGGAUUUUCAGAUGCAUCAGAGAAAGCCUAUGGUGCCAGCAUUUACGUACGAGUACCAAACACCGAAGGGAGCUUUGAAGUUUCAUUGCUAUGUGCAAAAUCGCGUGUUGCUCCUCUUAAACCCAUAACAUUACCUCGACUAGAACUAUGUGGCGCUUUACUACUAGCAAGACUUAUGCAACGCGUCUCCGCUGCACUUAACAUUGACAAGAAACAUCAUUACUUCUGGUGUGACUCAACGAUUGUAUUGUGCUACAUUGCUGCGGAGCCCAAAAGAUGGACAACCUUCGUAGCAAAUAGAACUGCAGAGAUUCAAGAAAUAACUAAUAAAAAUUGGCGUCACGUGCCUACCACUCAAAAUCCAGCUGAUUUGACUUCCCGAGGCAUGGACACCUCUGCCUUAUCUACUUCCACUCUUUGGUGGCAUGGACCAUCUUGGUUGAGUAAGAGCGAGUCUGCUUGGCCUGAUCCAGUUAAAUUGGUCACUACCAAUAUACCGGAUACAAGAUCAAAAUUAGUCAUCAGUCUGGCACUCACCAAUAUUGCUGAAGAAUUUGGUCAUCGAUUCUCUUCAUUUUCUCAUAUGAUCCGAGUACUUGCCUAUGCGAUGCGGUUUAUAAAGAAUACAAGUAAGGAUAAGUCUCAACGCAAAUAUGGACUCUUAUCCAUAAAGGAACUUCAAGAGAGUGAACUUCGAUUGAUAAAACUGGCACAACAUCAGGACUUCGCACUGGAAAUCAAUCAUCUACGAGAAACAAACAAUCUACCCAAGAAAACUCCGAUAAACAAUCUUCAUCCCUUUCUAGAUGAUAAAGAUUGCCUCAGGGUGGGCGGUAGGAUCCACAAUGCGCCGAUCCCAUUCGAACAAAGGCAUCCGCUGCUGAUUUCACACAAAAACCUUAUUGCUCAGCGAAUAGUGGAGCAAGAGCAUCUUCGACUGCUACAUGCUGGUCCUCAACUGGUGCUAGCAUCUUUACGAACAAAAUAUUGGAUUACUUCUGGAAGGAGCUUCAUCAAAGGGGUACUGCGAAAAUGCGUGAAAUGUUUUCGCGCAAACCCAAAGCCACAAACUUAUCAGAUGGGUGAUCUCCCAGAAUCUCGAAUCACUCCUUCACGACCCUUUUAUGUCACAGGUGUAGAUUACGCCGGCCCAUUUUUUAUUCGAGAAAAAACUCGUAGCAAAACCAUAAUCAAAUCCUAUCUUUGCGUAUUCGUCUGUUUUGCUACAAAGGCUGUACACUUUGAAUUAGCCACUGAUAUGAGCACUAAUGCUUUUUUAAAUUGUUUACGUAGAUUUAUUGCCCGACGCGGAAGGUGUGGAGCUAUCCACAGCGAUAAUGGAACAAAUUUUAUCGGUGCUGCAAACGAGUUGAACGAACUAGGGAUCUUACUAAAGAGUAAGGUUCACAAUAAUAAGAUACGCCAAUUUUUAGAUCAGGAUCAGAUCGAAUGGUACAAUAUUCCGCCACACGCCCCAAAUUUUGGAGGUCUGUGGGAAAGUGUCGUGAGAUCUGCUAAAUAUCAUUUAAAACGUAUCUUAUCCAAUUUACCGUUAACUUAUGAAGAAUUAUAUACAGUACUGGUACAAAUCGAAGCUAUCCUCAAUUACCGACCAUUAUCUCCUUUAUCUGACGAUCCUAAAGAUCUCAUUCCUUUGACACCAGCCCAUUUUUUGAUUGGGGACUCUUUAACUGCAUUGCCACAAAGAAAUUUUCAGGACAUCAACUGCAACAGGCUAAAUAAAUAUGAAAGACUCCAACAACUCGUUCAACAUUUCUGGAAAAGAUGGAACGUGGAGUACUUGCAUCAACUACAGAUGCGAUAUAAAUGGAAAACGCAACCACGAACCAAAAUUGAGCCUGGAAUGAUGGUCGUCCUAGUGGAUGAUCAUACUGCACCUAUGCAUUGGCAACUUGGACGAAUUGAAGCAGUUCAUCCUGGCAAGGAUCAAAUCGUUCGGGUGGUCACUGUAAGAACCACUACUGGAAAUUAUCAAAGAGCGCUAUCAAAGGUUUGCCUUCUACCAGUUUAG